AUGUCCGACACCAUCAAGUCCCCCGCUUCUGGCGCUUCCGGAGAAGCUCCCAAAUUCACCGAGCGCGAUCUUCAGCUUCUCAGCUGGGCAAUGCAGUCGCUCAAGUCCGGUCCGCCUGAGAUCGACAACGACAAGCUCGCAGCCUUCGCCGGCAUGUCCAACCCCCGCUCCGCCGGCAACGCCUGGUCGAACCUCAAGAAGAAGCUGAUGACUUCGGGCGACAGCCCACCACCCACCCCCAAGAAAGCCGCUGCUUCACGCAAAAAGGCCGUCAAGGACGACGCCGGUGAAGACGGCGAGGCUACUCCCAAGAAGGCGCUGCGCAAGCGCGCCAACAAGGAGCCGGAGGAUAGCGAUGCUUCGCCCAAGAAGAAGGGUCGCCCUGCUAAGCCCAAGCCCAAGCCCAAGCAGGAGCCUAAGGAGGAGACUUGUAAGCGAGCAUACCGAGAAGUACAAACUGACCAAUACUCACUACUCUGUAGCUGAGGUCAAGGCCGAGACCGACUCUGCGGAGGAGCUCAAGCCGGAGGGCGACGCUGCCCUGGCCGAGGCUGAGGCCGAGCAGGAAGAGGAGGUUUAG